UAACCAUUUGGCAAGCAGGGUUGUUUUCCCCUUUCUCACCUGUGACCGGACUUUAAAAUCAUCUUUGGAGAAAAGUCCACUCGAUCAAUACGACGAGUGGCACGUCAGGAGGAACGCAGCAAGUACACAAACGCUGCUCCACGCUUCAAGGGCUCCGACACGCAGAGAGCUCUGUGCGGCACAGACCCUCUGCUCGCGCGCUGGCCACGAUGGACACCGGCGUUCUCCUCUUGCGYGCCUGCCUCGCGCUGCUCGCCAUGCCCAUCUACCUGCUGUCCUUCCUGGGAAUAUGGAAGCCUUUCUGCAAGAAAGUAUUUUUCCCUUACUUCCUCCAGAAGCUUUCUGUAAUUCACAACAGGAAAACACACAAGCAGAAGCAAGAAUUAUUUCGUAACCUGCCCGAGUUUGCGAGUGCUUCGGGAGGAGUGAAGCUGCUGGAGAUCGGGACCGGCUGCGGCGCUAACUUCCAGUACUACCCACCAGGCUGCAGAGUGACAUGCACCGACAUCAACCCUCACUUCCAGCAGAGCCUGACACAAAACAUGAAGCAGAACCAGCACCUCCACUACGAGCGUUUCUUAGUAGCUGCAGCAGAAGAUCUGAGCCAGGUGCCCAGCGGCUCUGUGGACGCGGUCGUUUGCACUUUAGUCCUCUGCUCCGUGCUGGACGUAGACAGGGCGUUGAGAGAAGUUAUGCGAGUGCUCAGACCCGGCGGCGUUUUCUAUUUCCUGGAUCACGUUGCUGCCGAUCGCUCUAGCUGGAGGUACUUCUGGCAGCAGAGCUGCUUUCCAACUUGGAAACUCGUGUUUGAUGGGUGCUGCCUAACAAGAGAGAUAUGGAAAAACCUAGAACAGGCCAACUUCUCUGAACUGAAAUUGCAACACAUUAGUGUUCCUCUGGCCGGGACACCUAUCAAGCCACAUAUUAUUGGAUAUGCUGUGAAGUAAUUCACGUUGCACCAUAGCUUUCUCCCCUUGACAUAGUCAAAGCAGCAAAAUGGUAUAUGCUAACCUAAAUAGCAACAUCCACAUCAACAUGAUUAAACUUCAUCUAUCUUUAUGUUUCUGAUUUAAACAUCAAAUGAGGAAGAGCUUCAGCUUUCUUAAAAAUCUUGAAAUAAUUAUAU